AUGGUUGUUAACAUGGGACCUCAGCAUCCAAGCACACACGGUGUGUUACGGUUGGAAUUGAAAUUGGAUGGUGAGAUAGUUCGGGAAGCAAUUCCUCACAUCGGCUACCUGCAUCGCUGUUUUGAGAAACACUCCGAGAACCUCUCCUACCCCCAAAUUAUUCCCUUUACGGACCGAAUGGAUUACGUGGCAGCGAUGAAUCAGAAUUGGGGGUUCUGUCUCGCUGUUGAGAAAUUGAUGGAGGCGGAUGAGAGCCGGGAAUUCGAGGUGCCAGAACGGGCGGAAUACUUGCGGGUGCUUAUCUGUGAAUUAAAUCGUAUUGCAAGCCAUCUCCUCUCUUUCGGAACCUAUGGGAUGGACAUCGGCGCAUUUACCCCGUUUCUCUACGCAUUCCGGGAUCGGGAACGGUUGCUACUGCUUUUCGAGAAGGUCUGCGGCGCACGACUCACCUAUAACUAUAUACGCAUCGGCGGGGUUUCCGAAAUUAUCCCCCUGGAGCCGGGUUCCAUUGCCGAACAGAAUCUUUUGGACGAAAUCGAAGAAUUUUUAGACUAUUUUGAACCGUUGAUUGACGACUAUAACGAUCUCCUGACAAAAAAUAGCAUCUUCUCGGAACGCACGACGCGGGUCGCUGUUAUGUCGGCGGAGAUGGCACUCAGCUACGGCGCGACAGGUCCGAACCUUCGCGGUUCCGGUGUCGAUUGGGAUCUUCGGCGAGACGAACCCUACUCUAUUUAUGAUAGGUUUGACUUUGAUGUGCCUGUUGCUGUGGACGUCCCAGAGUUAGGCGCGGUCGUUGGAGACUGCUGGAGUCGAUACAAAAUACGUAUGGAUGAGAUGAAGCAGUCUAUCCGGAUUGUGCGACAGAUUUUAGCGGAAGGACUCCCCGGUGGUCCAGUGAUGGCGGAUUUAAAAGCCGUCCGUCCACCCAAAGGCGAGAUCUAUUUCCGCAGUGAAGCCCCGCGCGGUGAACUCGGAUUCUACAUUGUCAGCGACGGCACACCGAAACCGGUACGUCUCAAGGGACGUUCUCCGUGUUUCAGUGCUUUGAGCGCACUACAGGAGCUCAGCCGAGGUUUGAUGGUCGCAGAUAUUAUCGCUAUUAUCGGCAGUAUUGAUAUUGUGAUGGGAGAAGUGGACCGGUAA